GUGUCUAUAAUAGCGAUGUUUGAAUACGUUGAGAUAGAUGAUAAUUAAUGGACAACCACUGAAGUCAAUCACAUUUUCCGCAUUGUUCUUUCAGGACUGGUAGAGCGAAAAGCGCUCAAUGAGAGAACACUAAGUACAUCUAAGAAUACUGUUAGGAGAAUGUAGUGAAAAAUGUAAUAGUUUAUGAUGUAAAUAUCUUGUGUGACGUGAUCCUUUGAUAUUUAACAAUUAUCAAGACGCUGAUAUGGGGAACGCUUCGUCAAUAGAACCAACUAAGACAGUUUUUUUGGACAUUGAUGGAAAGAAAGAAAAGAUUAUGUUCAGCAGGCAUUGUGGAUCGAGGGAUAUUCACGACUUGAUUGCGCAUGCGGCUGGAGUGAGUCGAUAUGCUGAGAUAUCCCUGAGAGAUUCUACUGGAGCCUUUGUUUCCCUGAAUCCAACAAUGCCAAUAAACACUCAAAGUUCUCCAUAUAAAGUAACUUCCAAAGAACCAUCGCCAACGACAGGAGAUGGAGAAGUUUUUACUCAAGUACUGUCACAAGUAGCAUCCCAGUUCAACAAUCAAUUAUCAAAAGAAGGGGUUUUCAAAGUUGAAGAAAUGAAGACAGACAUAGCAACACGUUUGAGUGCAUUAGAAAGAAAAAUGGAAUUGGAAGGCUUGAAAGCUGUUGAAAUUGAAAAAUGUAAAAGAGAUAUCUCAGAUAUUAAAGAUCAGAUUUGGAAUGCCCAAAAGAAAUUUGUUGAUUUUAACCGAUUGAGUGAUGAUACCAGUACAGUCAGCGAUGAGGCCCACCCCGUCAGUUCGUUGAGUGACGAGAGGAAGAUAAGUUUAAAAAGAGAUGUUCCUUCGUAUCCAAAGUAUACACUUUCGCAAGAAACAAUAGAGUACCUGAAGCAACCUACAUUUGAUAUUUGGCACUGGGAACCAAACGAGAUGCUAAGUUUGCUUGAACACAUGUUUCAUGAGCUGGGACUUGUUGCCGAGUUCAACAUAAAUCCAAUUACACUGAAACGAUUUUUUUUGUGCGUACAAGAAAACUAUAGAAAUAACCCAUUUCACAACUUCCGCCAUUGCUUCUGCGUCACUCAGAUGAUGUAUGGAAUGAUACACCUGUGUCAUUUGUGGGAGGUCAUGACCCGCGAGGAUCUCGGAAUUCUGAUGACUGCAUGCGUUUGUCACGAUUUGGACCAUCCUGGAUACAAUAACACGUAUCAGAUAAAUGCCAGGACUGAACUGGCCAUCAGAUACAAUGACAUAUCACCAUUAGAAAACCACCACUGUGCGGUUGCAUUUAAAAUCUUGUCAAAUCCAGAGUGCAAUAUUUUUGCAAAUGUUGAUAAAGAUACAUUCAAAAGGAUCCGUGCUGGCAUAACUAUGUUGAUUCUUGCCACGGAUAUGGCACGUCACGGAGAAAUAAUGGAUAAUUUUAAAAUGAAACUCGAACCCGAAUUUGACUACAAGAACAAGGAUAGCCUUGAUACGUUAAAGAUGGUGCUCAUAAAGUGUUGUGACAUCUCCAAUGAAGUACGACCUAUGGAGGUCUCUGAACCAUGGGUAGAUUGUCUUCUUGAGGAAUACUUUAAUCAGUCUGAUCGAGAGAAAAUGGAGGGCUUACCCGUUGCACCAUUUAUGGACAGGGACAAGGUCACAAAACCAACAGCGCAGAUCGGAUUCAUUAAAUUUGUCCUCAUUCCGAUGUUUGAAACAGUGGCAAAGCUUUUCCCUGUUAUUGACAGCACUAUGGUAGAACCAUUGAGGAUAGCACGUGACCGCUAUGAGGACAUGAAAGAGAAAAACUCCAUGCCACCGCCCCCAUCUCAAAACAAUAAAAAGAAGACGGUUACAGAGAAAUGAAUGGCGUAAAGUGUACCUGGAUUAACACUGUCAAUCCUCAUACAAGCACCCUUUACCUUCAGAAGAGUUCCUGUUGGGUUCUUCAAUGUAGAUACCAUUCACUACUGUAGAUUAUUUCUAUCGCCUCAUUGAUAGGUUAAAGGUUGACAUCAAAUACUGAAGCCAGAAGAUUUCUUUGAUACAUGAAACUUUAAUGGUUUAUAAAUAUUUAGGCGCCAAAAUUAAGAUAAUAAUAUUUUAUCCAGACAAACUGCAAGUGUAUCCGAUGUUUUAAAUUUCCUGUGAUGUAUGACUAAAACGUUCAUAAUUUAGUAUUUUCAUAUUUGUGUGAUAUUUAAUUCACUAUAAAAUUAAUUAUUAUACUACAAAUAGCUAACCCUUUGUUGUAAUCAUUUGUUGUGUAAAAGGAAUAGAAUUUAAACUCUUGAUACAAAUAAGAUUUUUUAACGCUUCGUUUUUAAAAUU